UCAGGGGCCGGAGCUCACAGUGAGAUGGCAGGAGCGGGGGGAGACUAGACUUGGCCUGAGACGAGACUGAGGACAUGCUUUUGAUGUGCCCAAGGUGGAAGGCCAUGACCAAUUGCACAGAGCAGCAGUACUGGGACAAUCUCCUGUGCCAAUGCAUCUCCUGCAGACUUGCAUGUAAUUCACCCAGUGUGGAGAGAUGCACUACCUUCUGCGUGUCAAUGGAAUGCAGCAAGCGACCCGGCUUCUACUACGACGAGCUCUUGAGAAGAUGCAUCAGCUGCUCGGGCGUCUGUGGGCAGCACCCAAGCCAGUGUCUCCAGUUCUGUGAGAAUAAACUGGUAACUACCUCAUCCAGAAUGGUUGCUCUGGAGCAGAAGCUAGGUAGUGAUCAGGACCAAUGGCUGGUUGUCUACCUGCUGCUGGCGCUCUGCCUUUGCACCAUGAUCUGCUCUUUGCUGGUGGGCUGGACCCACUUCAAAAGGAGGGGAGCGGAGGUCUCCUGCCAGCCCACCCCUGGGACCUGCCACAAGAGGGAGGACUCCUCAAAAGAUCACUUAGUGGAAGCGGGGAGCGUUGGAGGCGGCUCCAUUGGGAGCAGACUACCAGAGCCUGUGGAAACCUGUGGCUUCUGCUUCCCUGAACAAGGGCCUGCCAUGCAGGAGACUAAAGCAUGUCACAGCUCCUUCUAUCAUCCUGGAGCAAGGGCUACUGCCUCGCAGGCUGGGAUAUCCUGCACAGGAAGUGCUGGGGCUAUCCCCACCCCUGAGGAUGGCCAUUUCAAAAUCAUAUGCUCCCCAUCACAAGAGAAGACACCGAUGACAUGAACUCCUUGAGCAAUGUGGUGAUCAGGGAGAGAAGUAACACUCCCUGCACUCAGAAUAAAGCUGCUUGCAUUUGAUCCUUGCUCUCCAUCUUCAGUAACACACAACAAUACCUUGCCUGCCAAUCACGAUAGAAGCUACCUUCACACCAUGGAAACAGACUGUGGA